AUGGCAGCCGCUGAGGAGGAGAAAAUGGAGUCUGACGAACCUGGCCAUAGUGAGGUGGAAGAAAAACCGGCAGCUUCUGCCUUUGAAGGUAAUGUUCAUUUGGGUGAUGCCGGUUUAGAAGAUGAAGACGAAGAAAUGGACGAUGAAGAAGGAGAAGAGUCGGAAGGCGAUGAGGUGGAAAGCAUUGAGGACAUUAAAAUGCAGAAUGGCGUUUUCAAAUAUCGCGUUCGAUGGGUUGGUUGCAAGCCUAGCGAGGACACAUGGGAGCCUGAGGAGAGUUUUACCGGUUCUGAAAGUAAAGCGUUGUUGGAAGAGUUCCGAGAAGCUCAUAAGGACAAGGUAGAGCAGUUACUCAAGGCUGACAAACUUCAUGAAGGUCAUUCAGAAGCGAGGAGAGCCAAGCGAACAAAGCGUGGUCCUCGAUGGGAGUACGUUUCGGAGAUAGUCACAAAAGAAGAAAGUAGCUGUUUGAAGCCACGAGAACUUCAGGCCGAUGAUGUUUUCUAUGGAAAGCCGGCCGCUGCACUGGCUGACGCGCCUAGUGAACUGAAGAAACUUUUUGAUCCUACUCAUAAAAACUCAGCUACUGAACUUUUUUUAACAACUACGGAUCCGUCUGUGAAGGUCACCAGGAGUCAGACAAAGGCGCUCAUAGGUUCAUCACGAGAAGCUUCACGGUCCAACACACCAACACUCACAUCCAAACUUCUGACUCCUGAUGACACUUCUCGAGGUUCAGCCAGUCCCACGCCUCAAGCAGCACCAAAAGGACGUCAAAGAAAGCCCAAAGCACCGCCUAAAAAAGCAGCAAAACGGAAAGCUGCUGAGAAAAAGGAUGAGGCACCAGUAGAGACCGUGGUUAUUACCUCAUCAACUGUGAGUGAAGACCAGGCAGCUACACCGUCCUCAGGUGACAAACCUCCCAUAGUGCUGAAGCUCACGCUCAAGAAAGCCGAUAAACCAGCAAAGAAGGACAAGCGCUCGUUAUCGGAAAAAACUCCAAAAGAGAAGAAAAAAAGAGAGAAGAAGACAUCCUUAGACACUGUUCUUUCGCCACCGUCACAAGAGAAUAAUUCAAUUCAAUCUGAGAAGAAACUGUCAGGGCAAGAAACUGAUAUGGAGAUGGAUCAGCCAUCAUCCCAAUCAGCGACAAAAGCUAAGCCGGUGCCUGCAGAAACUGCCGACAAAAAGCCGAAUAACGCAGUAGCCGCUGAAAAUUCUGAAUCAGAUUCGAAACCGAAAGAGCCUGUGUUAAUGGGCCGGCGACGUGCUCUCCAUCUAUUGCCAGGACCAGUAUCCAUAAAUGAACCUCUCACAGCUCAAGUACUUAACAAUAUGUUACGGGAAUUGGAGAUCAAAUAUUAUGGAGAUGAUGAAAGGCAUCCUUAUACUCAAGAUCAGUUCAAUGAAGCGAUUUUGUCUGGUAACUUUAUGCGUGUACGAAGAGCAAUGGUUAACAAUGUGUUGACGGCUCCUCGCCUGGCCCUGUGGACGAAUCCUUACGGGGCAAACCUACUGCAUUUGUUGUGCCGGUCAACAAAAUGUGAUGGGCGUCAUGCUGGAGAUGAUGUAGCGACAGUGCUUUGCAAUAUCGCCCCAUCGUUGCUUGGUGGUCGUGACAAUCUUGGCAAGAUUCCACUACACGACGCCGUUGACAAAGGGCAGGUCUGCCGCGUUAUUCGAUUGAUAACGUUCCACUCACCGGUCAAUGUAGUUGACCGAAAUGGGAACUCUCCAUUGUCAUUAGCGUACACGAAAAAUCAUGCAAAAAUGGUGAAAAUUCUUUUAUCAGCUGGAGCCGCGUUCCAUUCCUUGGAAAAUGCUGAACGAAGAAAACCAGAGAACUUGCGAAAACGACGUGCUUUCGAAGUACUCACCAAACACUCACGAAUAGUCUCAAGUCAAUUACAGAGAGCUCGACGGAAAGUAUACAGGCUACUGACAGAAGUACGAACGGCAUCGCCUUGUUUUCUCGCUCCAUUCGCGGACGGACCUAAUUUCUCGUUCAACUGGCAAGCGCGGUGUUGGGGUGGAUUGCGGCUUGGUCAAGCACCAAUGCACAAUGGACGACCGUUGGAACCGACAAGUGUUGUUGAACGAGGCGAUCACAUGAUAUUCUUCAUUACUCCAGUCAAUGGUGUAAAUACGCUCCAGAUACGAAUAAGCGAUACAGAGAUAUCGAAAAAGUUGAUCCUCGCUGUGCAAGUUGUGGUGGUGAAACGAGCUGUUCGUGAGUCUUGGCCGUCAUCUCAUAACAACUAUCCACCACUCGAGCAAGCUCCAAUGAUAGGGCCAUACUAA